UCUCUCUCUCUCUCUCACUGUCUCUCUCUCUCUCUCUUACUCUCUCGCUCUACCUCUCUCUCUCUCCCUCUGAAAACCAGGAGGCUGGCCGGCUCGCGCGCGCUCCGCAAGCACUCCUCUCGCGCAGAAGAGUGCAGACCGUGGAAAGCUCCGCACACUCUUCCCUCCUCUUCCUUCCUCUUCUCCGCACUGCGAUUCAUUCAGCGCGCUGAAACAGCUUUCCUUACGGACACUAAACACCUGGACGGAGCACGAGCCUUCGUCGUGGGUGGGCGGGGGGGGGGCACGCGGACUUUGGGUUAUUGAGGUGGAGAGCUCGAGCAGACGACAAAUGCUCGAGACCCUCUUCCAGUGCCCCCAGACCCGACGGGGAGGGAGACACGCAGAGCACCGAUGAUGAUGGGACAGUUUACGGGAGGAUGCUACCUGAGCUUUGGCAUCCUCGUGCUUCUCGGCUCGCGAGUCCCGGCUACGCUGGCACGAGGUCCUCGAGGUGAAGCCCUGCAGCAUGGCCAGUCUGGGACGCUGCCGCACUUCCUGGAAGAGCCCGUCGACGCUUACAUCGUCAAGAGCAACCCCAUCAAGCUGCGGUGUCAAGCUCGGCCGGCUCUCCAGAUCUUCUUCAAGUGCAACGGGGAAUGGGUCCACCAGAGCCAGCACAUGUCUCAGGAGCACACCGACCUGGGGACAGGGCUGAAGAUCCGCGAGGUGAUGAUCAACGUCUCCCGUCAGCAGGUGGAGGACUUUCACGGCCCUGAGGACUACUGGUGCCUGUGUGUCGCCUGGAGCCACCUGGGAACCUCCAAGAGCCGCAAGGCGACCGUGCGGAUCGCCUACCUGAGGAAGAACUUUGAGCAGGACCCCCAAGGCACCGAGGUUCCUCUGAACGGCAUGAUCGUGUUGCACUGCCGUCCCCCAGAGGGAGUGCCAGUGGCUGAGGUGGAAUGGCUGAAAAACGAAGAACCCCUCAGCUCCGACGGCGUCAUGGAUACGAGAGGAGACCACAAUCUCAUCGUCGCAGAGGCUCGCCUCUCCGACUCCGGGAACUACACCUGCGUUGCCAGCAACAUCGUGGCCAAGAGGCGCAGUGCAACCGCCACUGUAGUAGUCUACGUGAACGGAGGCUGGUCGUCGUGGACCGACUGGUCUCCCUGCAACGUGCGCUGCGGUCGCGGCGUGCAGAAGCGCUCCCGCACCUGCACCAAUCCGGCCCCUCUCAACGGGGGCGCCUUCUGCGAGGGCAUGUCGGUGCAGAAGAGCACCUGCAACACGCUGUGUCCAGUGGACGGCGGUUGGGGCGAGUGGACUGACUGGUCCGUGUGCAGCUCAGACUGCGACAGACAGCGGAGCAGAGAGUGCACGGCGCCGGAGCCCAAACACGGAGGACGGCUGUGCGACGGCGUGGCGUUGGCUACGGAGAACUGCACCGGCGGCCUCUGCACACAGAAUCGAAAGCUUCUCCACGAUGUUAAGCCGCAGGGUGUGGAGAGCAGCAGCGACGUGGCCUUGUACUCGGGCCUGGCCGCGGGCGUGGUGACCGUGGUGCUUCUGAUCGUCGCCGUCACUCUUUACCGACGGAGCCAGAGCGAGUACGGGGUGGACGUCAUCGACUCGUCGGCCCUCACCGGGGGCUUCCAGUCCUUCAGCUUCAAGACGUCGCGUCAAGCAAACCCGCUGCUCAUUAAUUCCUCCAUGCAACCUGACCUGACCGUGUCGCGCACCUACACCAGCCCCAUGUGUUUCCAGGACUCCAUCGACAAGGAGCUGAUGGCCGAGCGCUCGCUCCUUGACCCGCUGCCUGAUCUCAAAGGGGUGUCAGAGAGAGCAGAGUACCAUGUCAUGUCCCACCCUCAGACAUUUCCGAGGGGCCUGGCUCCGGACUACAAAGGGGUCGCGGUGGGGACCACGCUGGGCCGGAGAGGAAAAAACCUCUUCACUCCACAAGUCUCCUUGACUCACAGCAGACCUCUGCACAAAGCGACCGCCGCGUUCGGUCACGCUGGAGGGAGGCUUGUUGUACCCAACACAGGUAUCAGUCUGCUGGUGCCUCACGGGGGGAUCGCAGAAGACACUACCUGGGAAAUGUACAUGAUCAUCAACCAGGAGGACAGCAGUGCUGUGUCUGAAGACGCUCCAGAGAUCUUUCUGAGCCCCGCCGUCACGUACGGCCCGCCCGGCCUCGACCUGUCCUGUCCCAUAGCCAUGACCAUCGCCCAUUGUGCCGAGGUUGCCCCUGAAAACUGGACCGUCCGGCUAAAGAGACAACUGCAGGACAACAAGUGGGAGGAAGUGAUGUCAGUGGACGAGGAGAGCACAUCCUGCUACUGCCUGCUGGAGGCCCAGAGGUGCCACGUGCUGCUGGAGCAUCCAGGUCGCUACGCCCUGGUGGGGGAGCCGCUGAACCAGGAGGCAGCCAAGCGUCUGAGGCUGGCUGUGUUCGGUAGUCCAGAUAACAGCAACUCUCUGGGCUUCACGCUCAGGGUCUACUGUGUGGACGACACGCCGCAUGCAUUUCAGGAGGUUGCAGUGGGCGAGCGCAGCAGGGGUGGACGGCUGCUGGAAGAGCCCAAAAUGAUGCUGUUCCGGGGAAACACGUUCAGCCUCCAGGUGUCCAUCCAGGACGUCCCGCAGUUACUCUGGAGCAUCAAGCCUUUCACCACCUGCCAGGAGUUCUCCUUUUCUCAGGUGUGGGCCAGUAACCAGCGUCCCCUGCAGUGUGCCUUCUCUCUGGAGCGCUACAGCCACUCCUCGUCGCAGCUCUCCUGCAAGAUCAGCGUCCGGCAGGUCAAAGGCGAGGAGCAGAUUCUCCAGGUCUACACGUCUGUGGUGGAGAAUGAAAAGGGAGUGGUGCCCUUUUUCACACAGUCAGACUGCACCAUCACCUCUCAGACGGGGUCAAGGGCCUUUAAAAUCCCCCUGUCCAUCCGUCAGCGGAUCAGCGCCACCUUUGACACCGCUAAUGCCAAGGGGAAGGACUGGCAGCUCUUGGCUCAAAAGCUGCACAUUGACAGGAACCUGUGCUACUUCGCCUGUCAGGAGAGCCCGUCGUCAGUGAUCCUGAGUCUGUGGGAAGUCCAGCACCAGGACUCGGGGGACCUGGACUCUCUGGCCAGUGCCCUUGAAGAAAUCAGCAGGGUCCAGUCCCCGAGGACGGACGCUCUGGGCUGCGGCAGAGAGGAGCGGGACUCUGAGUUCUCUAAACUUGGGUAAGGUCAGGUCUGCGUCAGAUCAGAUAAAGAUGAACCUUUACUGCAUGAACACUGACGAUCAGGCGUGCUAGCUCAUCGACGACCGACGUGGAGGUUGGGACUCCGUUUUUGGACUGUUACUAAUGCGACGCCUCUGCUAGACCCGAACAGCGCGGUUGUAUGGAAGAGUUGGGGAUCAAAUGCCGAAGGACUACAGUGGUUGUGAGAGGCACCAGGAAAACAUUUUUAGAGAGAUUUAAGUGUCCCACACUCGUCUUUGAUUGGGGAAAUGUCAACUCCUGACACGAGGAUUAACAAAUAUGAGGACUGUCAGCGUGUGUUUUCAGACGGGCUGCCAAUCCAGCUGGUGAUGCGACCUUCCCGGGAUCGGAUGUGCCGACGCUCGCCCUCAAACAGUCAUCUGGGCUGUCAAAAUGUUUAGUGUAACGUCACUAUGUUGUCAUUCAUUUUCCAGAUCUCCUAAUGCUUCUUUUUUCUUUUUUUUCUGCACCGUGUCUCUAAUGUUGCUGCUGGAGAUAGAAAAGAGGAGAAAAAAAAAUGGAAAGUGAGGAAUGUUUGCAUUAUUGACUUUGUAAAGAAGGUAACUACUUCCGUACUUUUGUGAUUAGUUACGAUGAUUGUUCACUCUGAUAAGCAUUUAAAAAGAUCUGAUGAUGUCUACAUGCGGAAUAAAAGAAGGACAGGAUGUGAAAAAGGUUUGUUGAGACCAAAAGUGAAGCACAUUUUGCACGAUACGAUACAAGACGAUACGAUAUUGCCUCCACAUUAGCAUUACUAAAUAAAAAAAUCUAUAAAAGCAAAACAAGUAUCCACAUGUAAGCAGAGGAGGAGAGACCAAUUAAAACCACAAACAACAUGCAGUAUACUGCAACAUUACCCAUGGAUCAGGGGCUCCAGUGACCUAGUGGUUGGUGUGCACGCCCCAUGUACGGAGGCUGUAGUCCUCCAAGUGGACAGCCUGGGUUUGAAUCCGACCUGUGGCUCCUUUCCCGCAUGUCAUUCCCCCCUCUCGCUCUCUCUCUCUCUCUCUCUCUCUCCCUGAUUUCUAAAUGUAUCUGCCCUAUCUCUAAAUAAAGGCAUAAAAAGUCCAAUAAUAAACAACGACCCAUGAAUCAUGCAAAUUCCUGUCACUCAAAUAUUCUGUUAGGCCCAAUGAAAAGCGCUGCACGUCCGUCCUGUCUCCAUGACAACAGUCUGUUGACAACGGCUGCUGUCUGAGCGAUACUGAUCCGUUACUUUUUACUGCAUGUUUUUACUCCAGCAGACUCAGAGCGAGGAGGAUGUGGGUACAAGACACGAUCUGUAGGUGGCAAAAAUACCGGGAAUAUC